ACCCGCGCGAAGGCCCCUGAGGGAGGCGGGAGGGGGACAGCCUCAGUCCUGACUCGCAGCCGAAGCGCGAGCGCUCCGCGCAGUCCCGCCUGUGGAGGGGCGUGUCUCAUCGCUUGCUAACGGAGAGGCGAAGGGCAAGGGGCGAAGGGCAAGGGGCGGAUCCCUCCGCCCACUCCCCACGCGAGGCCCUGGAGAGCUGAUUGGCCGUGUGCUGCGGAAGUGGAAAGAGGAACGUGUCCUGGCACGUGCCGAAGGAGCGCUAAAGGCCAGGGGCGGUCCCACUCGCGAAGCCCUGGAGGACAGAUUGGCUGCGCGAGGAAGUGACGUGUCCUCACUUGAGCUGUCCGGGAGCGAGAGUAAGAGAUAAAGGCAAGGGCGCCUGAGCGGGCCUGGGCACCUCCUCCCACUGCGGGCAAAGGGCAGGCAGUUCGUGCGAGGACACAAGCCCUGGCGGACGUUGACCAUGGCGGGCGCUGAGUGGAAGUCGCUGGAGGAAUGCUUGGAGAAGCACCUGCCGCUCCCCGACUUGCAGGAGGUGAAGCGCGUUCUCUAUGGCAAGGAGCUCAGGAAGCUUGAUCUGCCCAGGGAAGCUUUCGAAGCCGCCUCCAGAGAAGACUUUGAACUGCAGGGAUAUGCCUUUGAAGCGGCGGAGGAGCAGCUGAGACGACCCCGCAUCGUGCACGUGGGGCUGGUUCAGAACAGAAUCCCCCUCCCCGCAAAUGCCCCUGUGGCAGAACAGGUCUCUGCCCUUCAUAGACGCAUAAAGGCUAUCGUAGAGGUGGCUGCAAUGUGUGGAGUCAACAUCAUCUGUUUCCAGGAAGCAUGGACUAUGCCUUUUGCCUUCUGUACGAGAGAGAAGCUUCCUUGGACAGAAUUUGCUGAGUCAGCAGAAGAUGGGCCCACCACCAGAUUCUGUCAGAAGCUGGCAAAGAACCAUGACAUGGUGGUGGUGUCUCCCAUCCUGGAACGAGACAGCGAGCAUGGGGACGUUUUGUGGAAUACAGCUGUGGUGAUCUCCAAUUCUGGAGCAGUCCUGGGAAAGACCAGGAAAAACCACAUCCCCAGAGUGGGUGAUUUCAAUGAGUCAACUUACUACAUGGAGGGAAACCUGGGCCACCCCGUGUUCCAGACGCAGUUCGGAAGGAUCGCGGUGAACAUUUGCUACGGGCGGCACCACCCCCUCAACUGGCUUAUGUACAGCAUCAACGGGGCUGAGAUCAUCUUCAACCCCUCGGCCACGAUUGGAGCAUUCAGCGAGUCCCUGUGGCCCAUCGAGGCCAGAAACGCAGCCAUUGCCAAUCACUGCUUCACCUGCGCCAUCAAUCGUGUGGGCACCGAGCACUUCCCGAACGAGUUUACCUCUGGAGAUGGAAAGAAAGCUCACCAGGACUUUGGCUACUUUUAUGGCUCGAGCUAUGUGGCAGCCCCUGACAGCAGCCGGACUCCUGGGCUGUCCCGUAGCCGGGAUGGACUGCUAGUUGCUAAGCUCGACCUAAACCUCUGCCAGCAGGUGAAUGAUGUCUGGAACUUCAAGAUGACGGGCAGGUAUGAGAUGUACGCACAGGAGCUCGCCGAAGCUGUCAAGUCCAACUACAGCCCCACCAUCGUGAAAGAGUAGCUGGCUUCAGUGCCUGCCUUGGGGUAUUUUGUAGAUGUGACAGAAGUCCAUUCCCAGUUGACUAAGUAAGUGAGAUUAUCUCAGAUAAUCUGGGUCAGCCUGACCUGAUCAGUCAAAAGGCCUAAAGAACAGAGCUAAGGGCUUCCCUGAGGAAGAAAUUCUGCCUGUGGACAGCAGCCCAGUGCUUGGUGAGAGUUCCUGACAGCCUGCCCUUCCUGAUAGCCUGCCUUACAGAGUUUAGACAUGACUAGCCAGCUCCUACAAUUACUGAAGUCAAUUCCUUGCAAUAAAUCUCAAUAUAUACCCUA